GAAGAAGAAGAAGAAGAAGAAGAAGAAGAAGAAGAAGAAGAAGAAGAAGAAGAAGAAGAAGAAGAAGAAGAAGAAGAAGAAGAAGAAGAAGAAGAAGAAGAAGGAGAAGAAGAAGAAGAAGAAGAAGAAGAAGAAGAAGAAGAAGAAGAAGAAGAAAAAGAAGAAGAAGAAGAAGAAGAAGAAGAAGAAGAAGAAGAAGAAGAAGAAGAAGAAGAAGAAGAAGAAGAAGAAGAAGAAGAAGAAGAAGAAGAAGAAGAAGAAGAAGAAGAAGAAGAAGAAGAAGAAGAAGAAGAAGAAGAAGAAGAAGAAGAAGAAGAAGAAGAAGAAGAAGAAGAAGAAGAAGAAGAAGAAGAAGAAGAAGAAGAAGAAGAAGAAAGAAGAAGAAGAAAAGAAGAAGAAGAAGAAGAAGAAGAAGAAGAAGAAGAAGAAGAAGAAGAAGAAGAAGAAGAGGAAGAAGAAGAAGAGAAGAAGAAGAAGAAGAAAGAAGAAGAAGAAGAAGAAGAAGAAGAAGAGAAGAAGAAGAAGAAGAAGAAGAAGAGAGAAGAAGAAGAAGAAGAAGAAGAAGAAGAAGAAGAAGAAGAAGAAGAAGAAGAAGAAGAAGAAGAAGAAGAAGAAGAAGAAGAAGAAGAAGAAGAA